GCGGCGGCGCCGCGCGCGGGCAGCGGCCGUGAGGGGAGAAACCCCCCCCCGGGGCGGCGCGGGAGAUGGAGAGGCGGGAGAGGAGCCCGGAGAGGAGCCCGCCGCCUGCUCGGUUCUGCCAAGACCAGAACUAACCCAGUCCUGCAGAUUUGAUCCAAAGGACAUUAUUGUUUGUGGAAAAGCUCCCAGUAAAUUCAGUACACGCUGGACCUGCUCUUUAGACCUGCCUGCUGCAAACCAGCUCGUGCUUACGUUUGUAGGGUUUGCUCUAGGUUGUAUGGUUGGGCCCUGGAAAUGGGAUGUCAGUCCCAUUCAGGGAGCAUAAAGGAAGAAAGAAAAUCUCCCCGUUGCUGCUGCUGUAACAGCGAGUGAGAGCCCGAGCGGGAAAAUGUCGACAGUCACAUCAGCAAUCCAGGCUCCUCAGGGCCCCGUGAAUCCGCCGCCUCCGGAGGUGACUAAUCCUAAUAAGCCUGGCCGGAAGACCAACCAACUGCAAUAUAUGCAAAAUGUUGUGGUGAAGACCUUGUGGAAGCAUCAGUUUGCUUGGCCUUUCUACCAGCCUGUUGAUGCAAUUAAAUUGAAUUUGCCGGAUUAUCACAAAAUAAUAAAAAACCCCAUGGACAUGGGGACGAUCAAGAAGCGCCUGGAACACAACUACUACUGGAGUGCCAGUGAAUGUAUGCAGGAUUUCAACACCAUGUUUACAAACUGUUACAUUUAUAACAAGCCCACAGACGACAUUGUCCUCAUGGCCCAAGCCCUGGAGAAGAUAUUUCUGCAGAAGGUUGCCCAGAUGCCUCAGGAGGAAGUGGAGUUACUACCCCCAGUUCCUAAAGGCAAAGGUCGCAAGCCGUCAGCGGGCACCCAGAGUGCAGGAGCUCAGCAAGCCGUGGCCGUGUCUUCCGUGUCCCCGCCGGCGCCGUUCCAGAACGUCCCUCCGGCCGUGUCUCAGACGCCCGUCAUUGCUGCCACCCCCGUGCCAACCAUCACUGCGAAUGUCCCACCCGUCACUGCCCCCCCUGCCGCCGCCCCCCCUCCUCCUGCCGCUCCAAUCAUGCCCGUGGUGCCUCCCACGCCACCUGUCGUCAAGAAAAAGGGAGUGAAGCGGAAAGCGGACACGACCACCCCCACCACCUCUGCCAUCACUGCCAGCCGGAGCGAGUCCCCCACACCCCUCUCGGACCCCAAACAGGCCAAAAUCAUCGCGCGGCGGGAGAGCGGCGGCCGCCCCAUCAAACCACCAAAGAAAGACCUGGAAGACGGAGAGGUCCCCCAGCACGCAGGGAAGAAGGGCAAACUCUCUGAGCACCUCAAGUACUGUGACAGCAUCCUCAAGGAGAUGCUCUCCAAGAAACACGCAGCCUAUGCAUGGCCCUUUUACAAGCCUGUUGAUGCAGAGGCCUUGGAAUUACAUGACUAUCAUGAUAUUAUCAAACACCCCAUGGAUCUCAGUACUGUGAAAAAGAAAAUGGACAGUCGGGAAUACCAGGAUGCACAAGGUUUCGCAGCAGAUAUUCGGUUAAUGUUCUCUAAUUGUUACAAGUACAAUCCUCCAGACCACGAAGUGGUGGCGAUGGCCAGGAAGCUCCAGGAUGUCUUUGAGAUGAGGUUCGCAAAAAUGCCCGAUGAGCCUGCAGAGGCCCCCCCUCCACCUCCACCAACAGCACCAGUGGUGAGCAAAAGCACAGAGAGCAGUCACAGCAGUGAGGAGAGCUCCUCUGACUCGGACAGCUCCGACUCGGAGGAAGAGCGAGCGACUCGGCUGGCGGAGCUCCAGGAGCAGCUGAAGGCCGUCCACGAGCAGUUGGCUGCACUGUCGCAAGCGCCAGUGAACAAACCAAAGAAAAAAAAAGAGAAGAAGGAAAAGGAGAAGAAAAAGAAAGAUAAAGAGAAGGAAAAAGAAAAGCACAAAGUAAAAACCGAGGAGGAGAAGAAACCCAAGGUGGCUCAACCACCAAAACAAACCCAACAGAAGAAAGCCCCAGCUAAGAAAGCGAACAGCACAACCACAGCAAACAGGCAGCCCAAGAAAGGAGGCAAACAGGCAUCUGCAACCUACGACUCAGAUGAGGAGGAGGAAGGUCUGCCCAUGACCUAUGAUGAGAAACGACAGCUCAGCCUGGACAUCAACCGCCUGCCUGGGGAGAAGCUCGGCAGGGUGGUGCACAUCAUCCAGUCACGGGAACCUUCCCUCAGAGACUCCAAUCCCGAUGAGAUAGAAAUAGAUUUUGAAACGUUGAAGCCCACAACUUUACGAGAACUGGAGAGAUACGUGAAAUCUUGUUUACAGAAAAAACAAAGGAAACCGUUUUCUGCAGGUGGAAAAAAGCAAGCAGCGAAGUCAAAAGAAGAGUUAGCUCAGGAAAAGAAGAAAGAACUAGAAAAACGGUUACAGGACGUCAGUGGGCAGCUAAACAACAACAAGAAACCUGCAAAGAAAGAGAAAUCCGGCUCCACUCCCUCUGGAGGCCCCUCCCGGCUCAGCAGCAGCAGCUCCUCCGAGUCUGGGAGCAGCAGCUCCAGCGGCUCCAGCUCGGACAGCAGCGAUUCGGAAUGAGUUACGGACACUGGGACACAAAACAAACGGACAUCCCCCUCCCCGAUGCUCUGCAGUGUUCCUUCCCCUCCUUAACGUACUGCUCUCCUCCCACGGUGGUCAGGUUUUAUCCCCUCUCUCUCUUUCUCUGACUUUUUUUAUUUUAUUUUUUAAUUCAGUGUUAUAAAAGGUAUCUUCCUUUUUUUUUUUUUUCUUUUUUUGGGGGGGUGCUCUCUUUUAAUAGGUCAAAGAUCUUUGCGUGUGUGUGUGAAUUAACUUUAUGACAAAUAGUUCCCUUUGCAUAAAGUCUCUAAAAUACAUUUAUCCGAAGAAAAUUUGUUGAAAAUGGAAGAACUUUGAGCUCUUAGCAGGAGAUAAAUAGAAAAUUCUGCAAGGUUUGUAGUACAUUUCCCUCCCAUCCCUUCCCUCUCCUCAGAAUGUUCUCUUUUAAUAAGCCUGCCUGGCUCACACAAGGUAAAAAAAAACAUCUUUUUUUAAAGGAAUCUCUGUAAAAUGGUACUGUAUCUGAAAGAUGUUAGCUUUUGAACUAGUUGGUGUAUUUGUUAUUAGCACUAGUAUUCUUAAUCUCGAAGUCUACGGUGUGAUGAAAAUGUCAGAUGCUAUCAUCUUUUUACAUAAAAACAAACAAAAAAAAUCCAAAAAAAUUCUCAUGUACUGUGGAUUGCUAACAUGCUUUUUUUUUUUUUUUAAAUCUUGGUAGAGGCAUUGGCACCUAUUCAGGAAGGUAUUUAAGCAUGAAUUUAACUUUUAAGCACAUGAGCAAUAUAAGUGGUUGCAUUUCUUGGUUUUCCACUCAGAAGUUUCAUUUUUUUCCUGGGGAUUCAUUGGGAAGAAGGGAGUGAGGGACACUCAAGUUUCUUGGGAAUGUUAUUUUUAACAUGAAAUAGAUAAUUUCCAGGAAAUGGAUGCUCUCUAUGAAAGUUUUCAUUGAACUGAGAGCAGGUUUUGGCUGGAAGUUGUCAGCUGGACCUUGGAGUGAUCCUGCAGUGACCAAGACAAGUCAUGUGCUCGUUACUGGACACAAGCUUAGGGAUUUUCUCCAUGACAAGCACCUCAGUCUGGGCUUAAAAUAAAGCACCACUUGAGCUCCAGCUGAGGCUGAGCUGGCAGGGGAAGUGGAGAGGGAUUUUGUGUGGGUUUGGGUUUUCUGCUUGAGUUUGCUUUUUUUCCCCCCCCUUCUCCUUAUUGUUUCAGUAGUGAGCUCCCACAAAGGGAAUGCUACUUCUCUCUUGUGCAGGGUGCAGGUUUCCGGGCACUGAAAUGCUUUACCUUGCUGAAAAGAAAAAAGAGGGGAGGGAGAAAAGGAAGAAAAGAGCCAGUUUUUUAAGACUUGCUAUUUUUUUGAGUCCAGCCUAAUGUUUUGACCUGCACUGCUGCAAUACACUCUGUUUUCAGUGUCCCCAAUUUCGUGUAUAUACCGUGACUUUAUUUAUUAAAUACCAUUGGUCAUUUAAAAUGUAAUUAAACCUAACAAAAGCAAAGCUGCAUCUCUGCAGGCCAGCAGACGUGCAGACUUUUAACGAGGUUCCAACCAGAUUUCAAAAACAAACAAAUUAACACCAACAAAGCAAAUAAAAAUCUGCAACUUUAUUUAUAUACCUUGGGCUUCAUACCUACAGGUGCUACAGUCCAGUCUGUCAUGUGUCUGGUGCUCUGUCAUAUUUGGUGUGUUCAUCUUUACAUUUUUUUUUCUUUCUUUUCACCCCAGCCCCCUUUUUUCCUGUUUUGUACAGAUUUUGGAGACAUACAGUCAGAUACAAUUUCUUGAUUUUUCUCAGUAAUAUUUCCAAUGGUCUUUUUCCUCCCCUCUCUUUUUUUUUUUUUUGGUAGAACAGUGGGGGGUUUUAUCCUUUUCUAAUCCAACUUUUAGGAAAACACCGGUUCUAUAAUUAUAUAAAAUUUGUAAUCUGAGGGGCAGAAGUUUAUUGUAAAUUCUUUUUGUUGUAAAGAAAAAAUACACAGUUCUAACAGAAAGUUAUGCCUUUCCUUCUCCAGCACCAGCUGCCUCUCUGAUGUGGGGUAGCCCUAAAAUUCACCUUCCUGUGGUCUCUCAGUGGUUUGCCAGAGGCCCCGUGGUGCAAAUGUCGGAUCUGGGUGAUGUCCCUGUGCUGGGAAGUUGGGAAGCACAGGGCCAGCCUGUUCUUAGCAUUCCAUGGUUUGCAUUUCCAGCUGCAUCCACCAGUCACUUACUGCCCCAUCGACCAAGGUUUGAUUAGCUGGACCUUGGCCAUCUGCCUUUCAAAAUCUGGUGGUGACCACAGUGGGCAGGAGGCUCUCAAGCCUUUCAGAUUGUUUCCCACAGCAUUUGAAAGGAAAAUGUUCUGAUUCUCACUGAAAUUAAUUAUUUUUCUUUUCCAUUGACAAUGGAGUUAUUUUAGUUCCUAUAUUUUUUUAAAUCCUACCCUUAAAAAAUUCCCCCCCCCCAGACAGAUCCUUAGUAAUAUAUUUUCAGAAUUUACCACGAGGAAAUGUAAUAUUCACCUCAUUAAGAGCUUGGGUUUCCUUUUAACGGGGUUGGGUUUCAUCUGUGCUUCUCCUUCUGUGUGCAACUUGCAUUAUCAAAACCAGCUAGUGUUUUAGUUGAGCUAAUUGCAACCAAUUCACUACCAUGACAACUUGGAUAAACAAGCUCCUGGUUUUCCCUGCUUGGAACCUUUUCCUGUGUGCAUUAACCUGAGCUGUGCUGUUGAUGGGAUGUGGUGGUCGCUCCCUUGCGGAGAACAAACCGGAGCCGGUGCUGGAGGCAAGAGCAUCUCAGCAGCAUCACUGCCCACCCAGGGACGUGGCUCUGCAGCAUCUCAUCAUCCUCUGACAUCAAGGACAGCCCCCCAUCCUCUGACAUCAAGGACAGGAGCACAGCAAGGGCACAGACAUUCCUCUGGGAUCCGCGGGUCUGUUCCACCAAAAUCAGUGGAAAGCUGGAGGCCAGAGGGUUGGGGACCACGUGUGGAGCGAUGGGAAGGGGCCUGGCCUGAGGCUGGCAGCAGGGCUGGAGGAGGAUCCCUCUUUUAGCUGGCAAACCACCCCAGCUUUUGGGGGUUUUCAAGGAAAACAACCUGCCAAAACCACCCCGGAGCGUGAAGAACUACCUGCAUAUCUUUGAUCUACCGGCUGCAACUUGGGCUACCACUUAGAGGGAAACUGUUUUCGUGGAAAGUGAGGUGUUCCCUAUGGAAUGGCAGCUCACAGGAGGAAUCCAUUUUGGCAUGACCUUUGUUUCAGGAAAGGAAUCGGGGACUCCUCAUUCCCAAAUGGUGUUCUUACACUUCUCCAUUCUCAUAUUGUUCAUAGUGCUCAUUAUCCCCCACCAUGUCCGUAGUGGUGCCUCUUGUAUCUCCCGAGUGUCUCCAGGAAAGAAGAGAUGUUUCCAGUCCAUAGUAAGUAGCAGCAGCCCUUAAUGAGUUGGGAACUGAAACAAUAGAGCAUUUAUUUAACUCAGUUUGUAUUGCAUGACAUGUCAGUACGGAUGUCACGAAAUAACUUUAAAAUGAUCAAGCAUAGAACGUUUGAAAUAACAUUUUUAAACUUAAGAAUAAAAAAAAAAAAGAAAAAAAAUAAAUUUUUAUGGUACAAUUUUUCUUGAAUGAACAAAGUUUAACUUUGUUUUCCAGGGGAAACUUCACUGAAAUCAGUAUGAUUUCAUAUGUAUGCAUACACACAAAGAGUUUUAUUGAAACUGCUUUUUCUGACGAAUUCCUGUUUUGACAAAAUUUCUGACCAGACCUUUAUCCAAUCGACCAGCAUUACUGCACCUUUAAAAACUUUGUUAAACUUUUCUCUGAUUGUAAACUCAGCCUGUCUCGUGGCUCAGUGGGACCAGAGGGAGAUCUGCAUCCCGUGGGCUCAGGCCCUGAUCCAUCGACCGGAGGAACCUGUUGGCUACAACAGUUCUCUGCUAACCAAAUGUUGUCUAUACAGAAUCAUUUCAAUUUUGUAUUGAUGUGGUUUUAACCUUUCCUACCGACAGGGUUUGUAACUGUAGAACUGAUGUUUCAGGACUGUGUGUGACACCCCCCCUCACACACACACAUAACCACGUGUGUGUGCAAAUAUCCGACUUAGUCACCCCGUGAGGUCUCUUUCCAUGUUCUCUAUGUGGUAGAAGCAGACUGCAGUUACCUAAUCUAGUUCUUUCUCUGUUUUGGGGACUUUUAGACCAGUUUUUAAUUUUUAUUUUCCUUGUUUUGAAAGGAAUGAUGUUUUUUAAAGUUGGGGUUGGAGCUGGGGGGAAGGGAUCGGGGCAUGACAAAGUAAAAACACAACCUUUUUAUUAGUGCUGGAUUUUAAAAUCUCAUUCCAUUCUCAACCAUGAGCAGUUACCACUAGGGCUAACUGUGGGCAGGCUCUGCAUCAUUGAAGAUAAAUUUAGGAUUCAUUACACUAGCAGCAUUAUCUUGCUUGAGCUGCAUUUUUUAAAGAAAAUGGUAUUUGCAUAUCUUUUUAAAGUGUCAUUUUUAAAAAUAAAUUAAACCACCGGCUAGGAUUUGACACAGGCCACUUAGAACACAGCCCUGAUACUGGCAUAACCUAAUCCAGAAAGAUUUGUUGUAUUUUUGUUUUGUUAUUUUGUUUUUUUUUUUUAAUAUUUAAAAUAAAAGAAUUGUUACUUUUCUGUAUGAUGUGCAUGCAAAUUUACCGUAACUCUUUUUCUUAAAACUUUUUAGUGCCAUUUCUAGUAUAUUCCUGUAAAUGUCAGUUACUGAAAAGAAACGAGUCAAUGUAAGUAGUUUAGCUUGUUUAUUGCAAAUUGCUGGCCUCAAACACAACAGAAUUAAAAAAAAAAAAAAGAGUUAGAAAGUAAUCUUUGAUGUUACUGGUAAUCACGGACCCUGGUCCUGGGGCAUUUGUUUUGUUUUCAUAAUAAAAAGAAAAAUUGU